AUGCCCAGUUCGCCCUACAACGAGAGUUCGAAAAGUUCGGUAUCUUGCCUCUUACGGAAGCUUUACAAAAGCUGGGAAUCCCAGAAGAAGAAUGUGGACAAGUUACGCAAGAAAUUUGAACGAGCAGAGGAGCGGUACAAUCUUUCUGUGCUGGACUUGCGAAACGAAAAGGGACGACAAAGAAACCGCUUGAUCCGUGAGAAUCUGGAGCGGUACAAGAAUGAGCAACCAGUGAUCGACAGCGAGCGGCAGCUUUCUGGAAAGGUAUUCUAUAACAAAGUAAACACAAGUCUCUGUCUGGAAACAGACAUGCAAUUCAAGCAAGAAUAA